CACAACCUAUCAUUCGUAGAAACUCGGACAUAUGAAGUCAGAGUUCUCUUAUCAGUUAUUGAAAUUCCUUAAUUUUCUCUUCUCUGUGUUUAUGGCACUGUCAACCUUUGUACUUAAUAUUUUUGUAGCAUAAAAUUAAUAACAAAAAAAUGCCUGGUAAAUUUGGGGAUUUGGUUGGUGCCAUUGAUGAAGGAACCAGCUCAGCUCGUUUUCUAAUUUUUCGUGCUGAGUCUUCUGAAAUUAUUGCGUCUCAUCAAAAGUCAGUCACGAAUAUUUUCCCUAAGGAAGGUUGGUACGAACAAGAUCCACAAGAAAUACUCGAUGUUGUUAACGAAUGCAUAACGAAAGCUAUUGAAAAAUUGAUCGAACUUGGAGGCGAAGCAAAAGAUUUAAUUGCAAUAGGAAUAACAAAUCAGAGAGAAUCAACAAUUGUGUGGGAUUCUGAGACUGGUGAGCCAUUGUACAAUGCAAUCAUUUGGAGCGACAUUCGAACUAUACCAACUGUUGAAGAACUGCUACAAAAAGUUCCAAAUAAUACAAAAAAUAAGAAUUAUUUAAAGCCACUUUGUGGAUUGCCUGUUUCAACUUACUUUUCGGCUGUCAAACUUAAAUGGUUGUUAGAUAAUGCACCGCGUGUCAAAGCUGUUGUAAAAGCUGACAAAAAGCUUUUCUUUGGCACUGUCGAUACUUGGCUGAUAUGGAAUUUGACAAAAGGUGUACACAUCACCGACGUUACAAACGCAUCGCGAACCAUGUUAAUGAAUCUUGAGACUCUCGAAUGGGAUCCAAUCUUGAAAGAUUUCUUUGAAGUUCCGGAUAAUGUGAUUCUUCCAACGAUUAAAUCGAGUUCUGAAGUUUACGGAUAUAUGAACGAAGGCGUGUUAAAAGAUGUUCCAAUCUCCUGCUGUUUAGGUGAUCAACAAGCAGCUUUAGUUGGUCAACGCUGCCUUGAAAUGAGUGAAGCAAAGUGCACAUAUGGAACUGGUUGCUUCCUUUUAUAUUGUACUGGAAAUGUUAAAGUCGAUUCAACUUACGGGCUUCUAACCACCGUCGCUUAUCAACUUGAAAACCAAGCACCAGUUUAUGCUUUGGAAGGAAGUGUUGCCGUUGCUGGUUCAUGUUUAAGUUGGUUGAAAGAUAACAUGGAAAUUAUCCACAGUUUAGAAGAAAUCGAUACAUUGGUGAAGUCGGUGAAAGAUAAUGGCGACGUUUACUUUGUGCCUGCUUUUUCUGGGCUUUUUGCACCACAUUGGGAUUCAGAAGCGCGUGGAAUUAUCUGUGGAAUCACUGAAGAAACAGAAAGGGGACAUUUCGUUGUUGCAGCACUUGAAAGUGUUUGUUUCCAAGUUCGAGAUAUUCUCGAUGCGAUGAAUUUGGAAUGUGGCACGCCACUGACAAAGUUAAAAGUUGAUGGGGGAAUGACAAACAAUUCAAUGCUAAUGCAAUGGCAAGCUGAUCUGAUCGGUCUGGAAGUUAGCAAGCCGUCAAUGAUUGAAACAACAGCACUUGGUGCGGCAAUGUUUGCUGGCCAUGCUGUCGGCAAAUGGGAUAUCAAUGCAAAGACUGACGUAAAAGCGAGAAAAUUUAAGCCGCAAAUCUCUGAAGACGAACGCGAUGUUCGAUUCAAGAAGUGGAAAAUGGCGAUUGAGAGAUCGCUUGGAUGGGAUCAAAAUUAAAUUAAUUAUCUUUAGAUAAGCAAAACAAAAGACAAGCAAGUAGAUAAGUUCGCUCAUAUGUGACCAAAUGCUGUUGAUUUAUUUGUGUGUUAUUUGUAAGAGGUGAAAAGAAUUUAAUUAUAUUUUAAAUCGGCAUUUAUCAAAUUGUGACUUCAUUCAUUUGUUUUUAAACUUAUAAUAGAUAAUAAAGUUACGCAAUAUCGUGUUCAUCAUUUU